AUGGUUACAGGUCACGCAGUUCGGAUAGGAUGUGGAGACCUAGAGCACGAAAAUGAGUGUGGUGACUUGUCAGAAGAGGAAAUGGAAUAUUGGAGCGUUCUCUUGUCGAAACUUGCUGCUCGAAUGCAGUGUUUCCUGUUAGGUAACAAGAUGGUCAACACGUGUAGCCGUGAAAUUCAUAAAAAGAAAGGAACAAACGAAGUUAUGGAGUCCGCAUGCUUUCGACCGCCCGUACUGGAAGAAGAGUCAGUCGCCGAAAGCGAGUUCGACGGCGUCCCCUGGGUGCUUGCUAAGGCUGCUGACGCGGCGGCUGCAGCGGCCUCAGAAGGCUCGGGCAUCGGAGGCGGAGAGAGAGCUGAAUCCAGACUGACAGAAAUUGGUGGUGCUGCGUGCCGAUUGUGA